GCGAUAGCCGUAUUCUGCGGAUCCUCCUUUGGUUCACAGAAAGCAUAUCAGCUCGCCGCUGUCUCUCUCGGAAAGGCUCUCGCUGGGUCGCACAGGCCUCUGGUCUUCGGCGCCACCAACAAUGGCAUCAUGGGUAUCCUCAGUAGCACGGUUCGCGAGGCAGGCGGUAAUAUCGUCGGGAUCACGCCAUACGCGAUGGUCGCAGCUGGUGGAGAAGAGCAGAAAGCGAAGGGGGCGUCGCUGGUCGAUAUAGACCUAGCAGUGGAGAAGAAUGUCCAGGAGGAGCUUAUCCUCGUAGAGUCAAUGCAUGACCGGAAACGUGAGAUGGCACAGCGAUCGUGCGGGUUCGUCGCCCUCCCUGGCGGAUUCGGGACCAUGGAAGAGGUACUAGAGGUGACAACGUGGACCCAAAUCGGGAUCCACCAGAAACCCGUCGUCGUUUUGAACGUCCUCGGCUUCUACAAUCACCUCCGCCAGUUGGUGCGGCACGCCGUCCGGACCGGUUUCAUCUCGCCCGACAACGAGCGUCUGAUCACGUUCGUCAAUGGACCG